CAUGUGAGUCUCUGAUAAGGACUUGUCACAUGAUGUAGGUCACAUGACCCAAACAUGUACAGGUUAGAACUGAAGGAAAUAUGUAAACAAUGAUCAGUAGGCGGUAGUAUUGGUAGAGAUUGGAUUUAAGUCAGUAGGAAGAUAGAAAAGACUUCCACAGACUAAAAUGAAUUUGGUGAUAGCGUUCUGUAGCCUGGUUUCUGUAGUUGGAGCCCAAUACACAUUCAGCGAUGCUAAUGGUCUGGGGAGAACGUUUGAUGGCAUUGGGGGUCUCAGUGGAGGAGGGGCCACUACCAAGCUGCUGCCAGGGUACUCACAGCAAUACCGUGAUGAAAUCCUGGAUUACCUUUUCAAGCCAAACUUUGCUGCUGCUGUCCACAUUCUGAAGGUGGAGAUUGGGGGUGGAUCUAUGAGUGGCAUUGGUAGUGAGGCCAGUCACAUUUACUAUGAUGGUGAUGAGAAUUAUGACAGAGGCUAUGAAUGGUGGAUAAUGAAAGAGGCAAAGAAGAGGAAUCCAGACGUGAAGCUAUAUGGUCUACCCUGGGUGUUCUCUGGCUAUGUGAGCAAAGGUCAGUCCAACUCGCCCUACACCCUCCCGGACCGCACAGUGGACUACAUUGUGCGAUGGAUUCAAGGAGCUCGCGACCAUCACAACCUUACCAUUGACUACAUUGGGGAAUGGAAUGAGCAGAACUACAACACAACCUACCUCAAGAUGCUCCGUCAAGGCCUGGACAAGGCGGGUUUUAACAACGUACGCAUCGUGGCUGCAGACGAUUACGAGGCAGAGUUUGAGAUGAAUCUCGCCCGAGACAUGCUCCUAGACCCAGAGCUGUCCUCGGCAGUUGAUAUCUUUGGGAUCCACUACUCGAGCACUCAGAGCAACAUGGGGUCCCUGCAGUGGGGCAAGCAGCUGUGGGCUUCAGAGGACUACAGCACCAACAAUAACCAGCAGGGAGCCAGAUGCUGGGCUCGGAUAUUAAAUCAGAACUAUGUUAAUGGUCUACUCUCAAGUACAAUCUCAUGGAACCUGAUUGCCUCAUACUAUGAGGGGAUGCCCUACCAGGGGUGUGGUUUGAUGACGGCCAAUCAGCCGUGGUCCGGGUAUUACGUGGUCAGUCCCACAAUAUGGAUGACAGCCCACACGACCCAGUUCACGAAGCCUGGCUGGAUUUACCUAAGUCAUCACUCAGGUGUGGGACACCUGGUGGGUGGGGGAAGCUACGUGUCCCUGACCAGUCCGGACAGGAAAGAUCUGACCAUCAUCAUUGAGACCAUGAUGACAACUGGCUCCAAUUCAGUGUGCCUGCAUGAGUCCUUGAGCGCAUAUGAUGUCCAGAAACAAAGCGUCUCCUUCACCUUGGAUGGAAGCUUUAAAAAGAUUAACAUGCUGAAUGUGUGGUUCAGCCAGAUCGGAAACUCAGACCAGAAGAAUGUGGAGGAGUACUUUGUGUACCAGGGAGUUGUCAUGUCUAACCAUAUGGGAGUGUUUGAGCUAAUGAUGGACGUGAAUCAAGUGCUCACACUCACCACAAUCACCACAGGAUUCAAGGGCCAGUACUCUGCCCCACCACCAGCAGCUUCCUUCCCCUUCCCAUAUAUGGACACCUUUGAUGAUGUGGUAGAGCAUCAAGAACCCUAUUUAGUAGCCCCGAUGUCUGGCUCCUUUGAAGUCAUUACGCAGACUGGUUCUACCUCCAACAAAGUACUGCGACAGAUGACUGUGCUGCCCCCUGUAGACUGGUGCGAGACAGAAAACUUCACCCUGGCAUUGCUCGGAAAUAUCACCUGGGGUGAGUACAUGGUGGAGACGUCUGUGUCCCUUGACAUGCAGAAUGCCUCAAAGGGUGUGUUUGUGGCUCAGAGAAUCAACAGUGGGGGCUGCUACACGGUUGGUGGCCAGGGGCUGCUGUUCUUUGUGUAUCCUAGCAAUGGAAACUUCGAGGUGUGGGGAGAUUCAAGGCGAGCCACACUGUUGAGCUAUGGACCAGCUGACUCUCUGAAGACGAUUGGCUUCAAUAAAAUAGGCCUCAAAGUGAAGAAUGGCUUCGCAGAAGGCUUUGUAAAUGACAAAAUGGUUUUUGGCCUACGUAUGCCCAGCCAGCCAGCCAGUGGAUUCGCAGCCUUUGGUACAGCCGGAUUCGGGCAUGCCGACUUUGACUACAUAUCUGUGAUGCCAUCGUGAUUUGAUACACAUGACAUAUCAUAUAAGUGUCUGUGAAAGUCCUCAAACCUUUAAUAUGUAAAAAUAUUCUGAAAGCCUGCAAUUAUGAUAACUACCAUAGAUAUCCAUUGCUUCAGCUAGGCCUCAAAGAAAGGAUGCAGCACCCUACCUCCCCAAAGUUACAACUUGCUUCUUCAGACCCUUAAUGCCCCUUUUUAUCUGAUUUAAACAUCUCACACUGAUAAUUUGUAUGAUAAUUGAAAGUAUGCUAUAGGGAUGUAAUGACUGGGCAGGCUUAACCCUUUGCAUGCUGGGUAAUUUGUCUUUUGCUAAAAUGUCGUCUGCUGAAUUUCUAAAAUUAGCAUUUUCUUCGAUUUUUUUCAAAGAAUACUAUCAGAAUAGCAAACAGUUUGGAUCCUGAUGAGACGCCACAUUCUGUGGUGUCUCAUCAGGAUCCAAACUGUUUGCAAAGGCCUUCAAAAUUCGGUUCCCGCACUGAAAGGGUUAAGUGUCCUUUUUUUUACAAAAGAACACCCUGUCCCUGUUUAUAAUCCUAGCUGGAGCACUGGCUAUCAACUUGGUUCUUGGUUUGGCAAGCUACUGGCAUGGCAGAAUUCAAUUGGCCUGUUGCCCAGGUUUGGUGUCUUUUGUUGACAUUUGAUUCAUAUAUAUUUUUAAACGCAAUCCUGUAUUUAACUUAACUCUGGUGAAAAGUGCAAUUUAUUAUAUUACACUCAAGAUUUGAUUAAUUUGAUACAUUUAUGGCCGAUGCUUCAUGAUUUGGUUUCUAUUUCACACAGCAUGCUGUUCCGUACCUUAUCACUAUGUUAAAAGUGCAUUGAUAUUAUGCUUCAAGUUUUCUUUAUUUGUUACCAAUAUACACACAUUUUUAUUCGUAUUUGAUGGAUGUUUCAUACAUUCCAAUAAUAUUAAUGUGGUAUACAAGUAUAAAUUAAAUUUAUGUCUUGUCUUUUGACUUGUUAAUAUUGUUAUGAAGUAAAUUGCUGCUCGUCUAUGAAUAACAGCAUUAAAUAUCUGUUGCUGUUCCAUUGUUUAUGAAAUAUUUAUAUUUAAAACCUUGAGCAAAUAAAAUUCGAAAGAAG